AUGGGUCAGGCGCCAUUCUUCUACUACAACCCAGACCCCACAAGUGAGAAGGCACGGCAGCACGGCCAUUUCACACCGCACCCAUCAGGACAGCAACAGCAGAUGUUCCACGCACAGAUGCUCCUGCAGAGGCCGUCGUCCUCGUCUAGCUCGCCGUCAACACCGUACCAGACCAGCUUUGGCCAUUCAUUGAUGACACCCGUUGCAUCGCCCCAGCCCAUGUACCAGAAGCCAACGAUCUUGGUGCAGCCUCAAGACUCGCCUUUCCUACACCCGAUCGACACCGACUUCACAUUCUCACCUGCCACACCGCCGCUAUCAUCAUGUGGCAGCAGCGUCAGCAGCCCGCCAUCGUCUUGCGAUGUUUUGCCUACGCCGGUGCAGCCCUUCUUCCCUGGCGAGGGCAUCGAGGGCGUCAAGCAGGGUUGUGAAGAAGAGGUUUUCACCGAGAUUCUUGCUCCUGGUGCCGACUGGUCCGGUUCUGCAUCACCACCAAUGACUCCAGUUUACAUCCAGCCACAAGCGCCCGCGCUUGGACAGGGGUCUUACCUUCUGUCUGCCACCUCAUGCCCCUCUCUCACCCCUUCACCCUCACCGCGUCCACAAUUCGCCGAGGCUGAGAACAACUUUUGCAACCCGCAGGAUUUGCUCAACAUUGCAGCCUCGUCGGGCCCGUGCCUGCCCACGCUUUUCUCCGGUGACGAGGAGCACCGAGUUAUCCUCAAGGGUGAGACCGCCAAGCCUUUCGAGCCCGUGCGGUCAUUCAACCCCAACGGCUUGCCCGCUUGGGAGCCCCUUUUGGACUUCGAGCUCGAUUCCGAGGACGAUUUCAGCACCAGCUUUGUUUCCUACCCGUCGACCGAGAACUCCCACUACCUUGGCAGCAAGCGCCUGCGCACUGAGGUGCCUGAUCUCAUCACACCCGAGGAGGACUCGUUCACCGACGAGAGCUAUCUCGACUCUGAGGACGACUUUGUCAUCCACGGCCUGCCCUUGACCCCGUGCUCUUUCGACAGCGAGAUGCCUUCCGAGUCUGCGCCUAAAAAGCGCUCGAGCAAGAAGGCAGCCAAGGAUACCAGCGACAGCGAGUCCACCGAGCAGCAGCAGACUUCCGGCGACAACUCCCAGUCUGGUGCUUCCAGCCAGCGCGAUUCUGGUGCCAACGACAACGCAAUGACCUCCAGCUCGGACGACAAUGCAAGCCCGCCUCCUCAGCCAACCAGCCGACGUGGCCGUAAGCAGUCUCUUACUGAGGACCCGAGCAAGACUUUCGUCUGCCAGCUCUGCAACCGCCGCUUCCGUCGCCAGGAACACCUCAAGCGUCACUACCGCUCGCUCCACACGCACGAGAAGCCCUUUGAGUGCACCGACUGCGGUAAGAAGUUCUCGCGCUCCGACAACCUCUCGCAGCACCAGCGCACUCACGGAGCGGGCGCCAUGGUGAUGGGUGUCCUCGAGCCCAAUGAGAUCUCCGCACAGCAGGAUGUCAACUACGCACACCAAGAUCCCGCCAUGCUUGGUCAGAUUCUGUACUCUGCUGCUGCCAACAUCUCCAGCUCCUCAAGCUCGGAUGGCUUCUCAACGGACCUCGAAGCGUCGCCUAUCUCCAAGAUGCGCAAGCGCAGACGGGACGAGUAG